AUGCUUGGAUUUGUGCCCUCGACACUCGUUUGCGCGCUACUUGGCGUGAUUAACCUGGCACUUGCUGAUGACAGUGGAAACUACACUAAUACCCCAGCCAUAGAAGUCAAAGGAAACAAGUUUUUCUUCUCGAAUAAUGGCUCGCAGUUCUACAUGCGAGGCGUAGCGUACCAGGCUGAUACCGCUAACUCGUCCUCGUCGGACACCACCACAAUUGUGGAUCCGUUGGCAGACUAUGACACUUGCUCAAGAGACUUGCCAUACCUGCUGGGAGCAGAAACCAACGUCGUUCGUGUCUACGCUUUGAACACUACCUUGGACCAUAGCAAAUGUAUGAAAGCGUUCGGAGAAGCCGGUAUUUACGUUGUGGCAGACUUGUCGGAGCCCUCAGAUUCCAUCAACAGAGACUCGCCUGCGUGGGAUUUGGAUCUUUACGAACGUUACACGGGUGUGGUUGAAGCAAUGGCUAACUAUUCGAACGUUUUGGGCUUUUUUGCCGGUAACGAAGUCACCAACAACAAGUCCAACACAGAUGCCUCACCUUUUGUCAAGGCAGCUAUCAGAGAUACCAAGAAGUACAUGAAGGAUAAGGGAUAUAGAGAUAUUCCAGUCGGUUACUCUUCGAAUGAUGAUGAGGACACUAGGGUGCCCAUGGCUGAGUAUUUUGCGUGUGGUGAUGACGACGUCAAAGCCGAUUUCUAUGGUAUUAACAUGUAUGAAUGGUGUGGGUCUUCGUCAUUUGAGUCUUCUGGCUAUAAGGAUAGAACAAAUGAUUUCGCCAAUUUGAGCAUCCCAGCUUUCUUUUCGGAAUACGGUUGUAAUGCCGUCCAACCCAGAAAAUUCGAAGAAGUCGGAACGCUUUACGGUGACGACAUGACUGACGUCUGGUCUGGUGGUAUUGUCUACAUGUACUUUGAAGAGGCCAACAAUUAUGGGUUGGUAUCUGUUGAUGGCAGCAAAGUCAGUACUUUAUCUGACUAUAAAAACUUGAAGAGUCAGCUGCAGUCUGUUUCUCCAUCGUCUGUGAACAAAGAUUCCUUUACGCCUUCUGCCACCUCGCUCUCUUGUCCUGCCACCAAUUCCAACUGGAAAGCCGCAACGGACCUCCCACCAACUCCGGACAAGGACGUUUGCGAUUGUCUGAAAGGCGGAUUGUCGUGUGUCUUGAGUGACGAUGUGGAUGAGGAUGACUAUGGUGAUCUAUAUGGCCAAAUUUGCGGUGAUAUCGAUUGCAGCGACAUCACUGCCAAUGGUACCACGGGGGAUUACGGUGCUUACUCAUUCUGCGACAAUUCUGUCAAGCUUUCUUUCUUGCUGAACAAGUACUACGAGAAAAAUGACAAAUCAAAAUCGGCCUGCUCUUUCGAUGGAUCUGCUUCUCUCGCUAGUGCCACCAGUCAAGGUUCCUCCUGCAAAACGAAGCUGUCUUCCGCUUCUGCCAAGGCUUCUGGUGGAGGCUCUUCGGCUUCUAAGAGUUCCGGAUCUUCUGCUUCAGGCAGCAGCUCCAGCUCUAGCGCAUCGUCAUCAAGCUCUAAAGAAUCUGCUGCUGGUAUUCAAAUAAACCCAGUCUCUUCCGUCAGCCUGUGGUUUGCAGCAGUAUGCGUGGUUUCAGUUUCAGCUGGUAUGUUUUCGACUAUUGCCUGA